UUAGAGGAUCAGGUCUUCGUAGUGUAUGUCAGACCUGUUACUAAGCCUAUCACAGAGGAUAGUUCCAUGGAUCCAACCAUUGCCAAGCUGCUGGAAGAGUUUAAAGAUCUGACAGAGCCGCCAACACGAGUAGUGCCGCGGCCGAUCCAGCACAUAAUAGAGAUAGAGCCUGGCAGUAGAACUCCUAAGGGAGCAGUCUACAGGAUGUCCCCUGGAGAGUUAGAGGAGUUGCGCAAGCAGUUGGAUGAGCUCCUUGAGAAAGGUUGGAUUAGGCUCAGUUCGUCUCCUUUUGGAGCACCAGUUUUGUUUGUCCCCAAGAAGGAAGGAGAGUUGCGUAUGUGUUGCAGAUAUUUCUCGAAGAUCGAUCUAAAGUCUGGAUAUCGUCAGAUAGAGGUCCAUCCUGACGACCAGUACAAGACUGCUUUUCGGACUAGAUAUGGGCAUUAUGAGUUCAUAGUGAUGCCCUUUGGACUGACCAACGCGCCUGCUACAUUCCAGCGUAUGAAUGAUCUGUUUAGGUCGUGGUUAGAUAGAUUUGUUGUAGUGUAUUUAGACGACAUUUUAGUGUUCAGUAGGACCCUCCAAGAGCAUCAGGGUCAUUUGAGGCAGGUCUUGGAGAAGCUGAGAGAAGCUAACUUCAAGAUCAACGCAAAUAAGUGUGAGUGGGCCAAGACACAAGUCUUGUACUUGGGCGACGUGUUAGACGGAGAUGGCAUUAAGCCUGAGGACAGUAAGAUAGCGGCGAUUAGAGAUUGGCCAACGCCCCGCACUUUGACCGAGUUGCGGUCGUUCCUACGUCUAGCUAAUUACUAUAGGAAGUUCGUAAGGAACUUCUCGACUAUCGCCGCUCCCCUUCGCAGGUUGCUCAAGAAAGAGGCAAUCUGGCAGUGGGAUAAGGACUGCAUGUCUGCGCUAAAGAAGUUGAAGCGCGCAUUAAUAGAGUACCCUGUCCUCAAGGUGGCAGAUCCGUCUUUGCUAUUUGUCGUCACCACGGACGUGAGUCAGUAUGGUAUAGGCGUCGUGUUACAGCAGGACGACGGCAAUGGCUACAGACCCGUAGAGUUCAUGUCAGCGAGGAUGCCCUCAGAGAAGGUUGCUACCUCGACGUAUGAGAGGGAGCUCUACGGUCUCAGGCAGGCCUUAGAGCACUGGAAGCACUACUUGCUUGGGAGGCACUUCAAGGCCGAUGAAAUGCUACUAGCGUUUCUCAAACGUCUCCAGCUCUACUCAGAGACCACGGCAGCUGAACUAAGCAAGUGGGAAGAGGAGGAAGCCGCCUGCCAGCAGGAAAUUCAACGCCAGCUGGCAGAGGCAGAGGCAGCAUGCCAGCAGGCCGCAGCAGAAGCUGCAGCAGCCGCACGGUUGCAACAGCAGCAGGUCGAGGCAAGUCAAAACCAAGGUCGUUACCAAGCUACAAUGGAGCUCGCCAACGAAGAAGCCACGUACCGGAGGUUACUCCGACAGCAGCAUUUUCGAGCAAACGAAGAACAAGAGGAGCCGACCGAGGAUGAGAGAAACAAGGAGGCCACAACAAUUUUGAUGGAGAAUCUGUUGUACACGUGCAAUUGGCAGCAACGUGAACUGCUGGCCAUGCGGCAGGUCUUCACCCGCCAUGAAACAACGUUUAAAGCACUGGACAAGAAGAUCGCUACCCUGCAGGCCGAGAUCAGCACACUACAGGUCGCCAACAGCCAGCAGCAGACAAUCAACGACCAGUUGCAAACCGAUGUCAGCAUGGGGUUGGCACGACGGUCGGCAGCUGCGUCGACGGGCAGCGCUGUGGCAGACUGCAGCCCAGCCUUGGUCGUGCAGGCCAAGCAACUCGAGGAGCGGAUCAACCACGUAGUCGCAUCCCUCGGCGACAUCAGCAAGUUUGUUGGAGCAUCGACAGUCAGCAAUCAGCUGCAGACGCUCAGCGACCACGUUCAACAACGACCGGUCGUCGUCGCCAAGGAAUGGAAGGUGCCAAACUUCAAGAUCGAGAAGUUCGACGACUACCACAAGACUGAUCCGCUGCAAUGGUGGAUGGCAUUCAACGUAGAGGCGGACGUACACCACACCGCACCACUAUGGCGGCUUGAUGCACUCUACCUCCAACUCAUUGGAGGUGCGCAGGCCUUCAUGACGCACAAGGCGGUCACAUUGGAAUGCACCAUCGCCACCCUCCACACCAAGAUUACGUGGGAGGAAUUUGAGAAGAAAUCGAAGACCCGGUUCAUGGUCAACAACGACAAGCAUCACGCCUUGAACAAGAUCUUCCGCAUGUUUCAAGGCCAGCAACCUUCACGGGAGUGGCUGACGGAAUGGCAAAGGCUCGUCGCCACCCCGGAGUUGAACUUACCGUUCGACGCAAUUCGGGCCGAAUUCUUUGCUCGGUCAUGCGACGCCUUGGCAGCUGCUCUCAGCAGCGAAUUCCAGUAUGAGACCUUUGAUGACAUGAUCUCAAAGGCAAGGGAGCUCAUACAAGUACCACCUCCGUCGACGGAUGGCGGAGUAGCCGUUGUUGACCUUCGUAACUAUCUUGCGAAGAUUGACCGCGAGCACGCAACGCAACGGUACGUCGACAUCGACGCGCCGCUCCUCUACAUCCCCAUUCAGAUCGGAAAGGCGACCUGCAGUGCCUUGAUCGAUUGUGGAGCUUCUCGCAACUACAUCAGCCAAGACUUCAUGGCACGCGCCGGGUUUGGUCUGCGCGUUCGAAGGAAAAGUCAGCCUACGCACGUCACGUUGGUCGAUGGUCACACGCAAAAGUCAAUCGACCGAUGCGUUGACUCGGUGCCCGUGUACUUUGCCCCGCUAGCAUGCGAGGCCGUGUCAUUCGACAUAUUGGACACUAAGUUCGAUAUGAUUUUAGGCAUGUCGUGGCUGCAAAGCGAAGACCAUCCGGUGAACUUUUGUCGACGCACCAUUCACGUUUGUGAUCGGCGUGGCGAAUUAGUCCCGUGUGCGUUGCCGCUUCCUCAUCCUUCGAUUGGUUGUCACGUGGUCUCCGCGGCGAGCAUUCGCCAAUCCAUCCAGUGGAACGACAUCGAGGAGAUGGGCAUAUGUUUUCUUCACGCCCUCCCACCCGGUGAUCAGCCCAAGACGGAUACGUCGGACCCACGCAUCAUUGAGCGGUUGGACAGCUAUGAGGAUGUCUUCCAAGCUCCCGCCGGAGUAGUACCGGAUCGGCCCAUACGCCACGGGAUCACUCUCAAGGACGGCGUCGUACCUCCGCGCGGAUGUAUCUACCGCAUGAGCGAAGAGGAGCUUCAAGUGCUUCGGGCACAACUAGACAACCUCUUGGACAAGGGUUGGAUUCGCCCUAGUUGUUCACCAUACGAUGCUCCCGUCUUCUUCGUUCGGAGGAAGAACAAGGACCCUCGUUUGUGCAUCGACUGUCGGAAACUUAACGCGCAAAUGAUCAAGAACGCCGACCCUCUCCCUCAGAUCGAUGACCUUAUCGAGCGACUAGGCGGCGCCAAGUACUUCUCGAAGCUCGACCUCAAGUCCGGAUAUCACCAGAUCGAGAUCCAGCCAAGAGAUCGGUAUAAGACAACAUUCAAGACGUGGUAUGGGCACUUUGAGUGGAUCGUCAUGCCUUUCGGUCUCACCAAUGCCCCGGCUACUUUCCAAUCAGCUAUCACGACCUGCUCGAUCGCACCGUACUCAUUUACCUUGUUGGUUUAUAGUCGGACGCUGGACGAGCACCUCGAGCACCUUCGCGCCGUUUUGGAGCGGCUUCGUAUCGCUAAGUACAAGGCGAACUGUGACAAGUGUGAGUUUGCCCAACAAGAGUUGGAGUACUUAGGCCAUUACGUUACGCUACAAGGCAUUCGUCUGCUCGCGGACAAAGUACAAGCCAUUCAAGAUUGGUCGGACCUCAAGUGUACUACCGACGUCCGCUCCUUUCUCGGCUUAGCAUCAUAUUACAUGCGCUUCGUCAAAGGUUUUCAAUGGAUCGCUGCACCAUUGUCGCGACUUCAGUCCCCCUUGGUGCUCUUCGAGUUCGACGACGAAGCCCGGCAUGCGUUCCACACGCUGAAGACGACUUUGCUUCAAGCUCCCGUCUUCAGCAUCUAUGACCCGACCUUGCCUACCAAAGUGACUACGAAUGCUUCCGGUUAUGGCAUCGGCGCGGUCUUGGAACAUCAUGACGACACAGACUGGCAUCCGGUUGAGUACUUCAGCCAAAAGGUGCCGCCCAUCAAUUCACUUGAUGAUGCGAGGAAAAAGGAACUGCUAGCUUUUGUCAGCGUACUUAUGCGUUGGCGUCACUUUCUCCUCGGGCGUCGGCGAUUCACGCGGGCAACGAAAAACAAUUUGUUGACAUAUUACAAGACGCAAGACACGAUGAGCAGCACGAUCGGUCGCUGGAUGUACUUCAUCGACCAGUUCGACUUCACUUGCAAGCACAUUCCGGGCUCCUCGAACAAGGCAGCGGAUGCUCUCUCGCGAAGACCCGAUCUUUGCGCCUUGGUGCACUCCACAUUCGGCCUCGGCGAGAACCUGCAACAGCAUUUCGUAAACGGCUACAAGUCGGAUCCGGGAUUCUCCACACUCUACGUGGACUUAUCAUUGGAUCAACCGUCGACAAGCAAUUAUCGCAUCGUCGACGACUACUUGCUUCUCCAUACACGAGGCAAGGACUUGUUGUGUGUUCCCCAAGACCGCAUCUUGCGCACUCGCCUCCUUGGCGAAUACCACGAUUUGCAGUUGGUGGGACACCUUGGCGUCACACACACACUUGCACGACUCCGCCAACGUUUUCAUUGGCCGGACAUCAUCACCAACGUCAACCGGUACAUUCAAUCAUGUGCAGUUUGCCACCGGAACCAAGGGCGCCAUCAGCUCCCGUACGGCGAACAGAAACCAUUGUCGAUUCCUCGGGAACCAGGUCUUUCCAUUACCAUGGAUAUGACCGGUCCUUUCCCUCACGAUCACCUUGGCCAUGAUGGUAUGCUCACGGUCGUUAACCGUUUGAGCAAGUACGCUCGAUUUCUUUCAUGCAAGUAUCCUGUGACGGCUCCAGAGCUCGCACGACUUUUGCAUACUGGCUGGUUUUGCAGCCACAGCGUUCCGGAAGACAUCGUCAGCGACCACGACGCUCGUUUCAUGUCAGCCUUUUGGACGGCACUCAUGGUGGAAUCCGGCACCAGCAUGAAUUCGAGUUCCGCACGACAUCCUCAAAAGGAUGGGCAAACAGAACGUUCGCACCAGACUGCGCAGAUGAUGCUUCGCACACUCAUCCGCCCGGAUCAGAAGGACUCGGUUGACCGCCUUCCCGACACUGAGUUCGCCUACAACACUUCGGUGCACCCGACGAUUGGCGUGACUCCAUUCGAGUUGCAUCACGGUGGACGGAAAGGACGUAUCUUCGCAGACGUUUUGCUUCCACGAGCUGCCGUUAUCGACGUCGUUUGCUCCCCCGCUUCUACACGGAAGUACAGGGAACUGCUGGCCAAAGCCCGCGCAAACAUGCAAAAGGCUCAGUUAGCUGAGUUGGCACUGCAUUGCGUUGUGGGUGGUACCAAGGCUACGACCGGUCAUCAAAUGCACACUCAGCUCAAUUGACUUGACUUUAUGCAGAACUCUUUGGACCAGAUCUUGGACCUUUUGCAAAGGCCAGGAUUCAGGCCAGCAGCAGAGUCGCCGUUGCCGUUAACGGCGAUGUCAGGCCCCUUUCCGGUACAAGCUGGCACACAGCCAAGUGGUACGUCUGCCGCAGCCACACAGACUGUUGCUUCUUCUUCUUCUGGGUCAGCGGGGAUAGCUACACCACCGCAACAGCCUGUUCCUCAACAGGGACAACAGCAAGGUCAAUGGUACCCAAAGACCCCUAUGAAACCGCCCCUUGCCUUCUCCGGAGAGAAGAAGGAUGAGGAACUUAACACAUGGUUGAGAACGGUUCCCGUGUGGGUAAGGGCAAAGAGGACUUUGCAGGAGGAGGAGGUGAUCACUGCUGCAUCUUACCUUGAGGGUAAGGCAACCAAAUGGCUAGAUGGAUUAGUAGCAAAGGCCGGGUACGGACGACGCAUGGCGGACUGGGCUAAGACCCUAACGUUAGAAGAGUUCUUAGACAUGGUAGAAGCUCGCUGGCACAAUCCACAGCAGGCACAAAUUGCCACUGAUGCAAUGCUCAGACUAGACCAACGAAAGUUCAAGUCGGUCAGAGAGCUAACGACUACCGUAGAGAGCCUCAUCGUCGUUCCUGGCAUACGCUACGAUGACCAGGUCUUAUUGACCAUGUUUGUGAGAUGUCUCCCAGAGAAUCUCAUAAAUUUGCUGGCCAGUGAGGCUCGCCUCGAGUAUCACUCGUUUGAGACCUUAUCUAGAAAAGCCUUAGACCUAGAGGCUACUCUAGGAAGUGCUCAACCCACUCCAGUAGAAGGGAGGAAGAAGAAGGGUCCACAGGAAUGGAAGAAGAAGGGGAGCAAAUUGGUGAUGGUUGAGUCCGAUGGAACUCAAACUGAGAUCGAAGAGCUCACAGACCUAUUGGACUGUACAGAGUACGACGCCGAGGAGACCGCUGAGGGUAGCACCCUUGCCGCAGUUGUAAAGACUAAGGGAGGUGGCCGAGGGAAGGGCCAUCAAAAGAGUCGAGGGCAGGCUGCCUCCAACCAGACCAAAGUUGUUGAUUGGGCCAAGGCAGGUCUUGAUCAAGAAGUGUGGCGGGACAGCCGAGUGCGUGGUGCUUGCAUUAACUGUGUAAGAGUGGCAAGAAUUGCCAUGCCAGAGACCGCAAGGACUGGCCAAGUCAUCAAGUUGUUUAUGGACAACUGGGUGCGCGAUUUUGGACUACCAAAGUCAAUUGUUAGUGACAAAGAUGUCCGCUUCACAAGUGAGUUGUGGAAGAAGACUACUGAACAGAUGGGCAGUCAACUUCAGAUGACUUCAGGGAAUCAUCCCGAAGCCAAUGGACAGGCCGAGCAAAUGAACAGAGUUGUUCAACACCUGCUGAGGCAUUACAUCAAGCCCAGUCAGGAUGAUUGGGAUGAGAAGUUGCCUCUCAUCGCCAACAUGUACAACAACGCUGUACACAGCAGUAUCGGCGUUAGUCCUAAUCAGCUGCACUUGGGAUGGAAGCCUAGAUCAGCUCUGGACUUCCUCCUACCUGAAAACCGACCCUCUGCAACUCCAGGCACACUUGAGUAUGGUGUGCAAUAUGAGAAGUUGCUGCAGCAAGCUGCCGAGCACAUCAAGAAAGCUCAGCAAGCAAUGAUUGCUUCUGAGAACAAACAUCGCGGGCAGUCCUCAUUUCAGGGAGGGGAGCGUGUCCGGGUCAAGGCUAGUGAGCUAGGACAGGAAUUCGAAAUCUCUCGUAAACUAAUGCCUCAUUAGUUGGGUCCCUGGGAAGUCCUGGACAUAGUUGGGGAUGAGUUGGAUGGUCCUACUUAUGUUAUCCGCAUCCCUGGUCA